AUGUCGGCACCUCUGAACAAUGAGAUCAGUCAAGUGGUGGAGAUGCUCGGCAUCACCCAGGCUCAAGCGACGACGCUCCUCCGGAACAAUAACAACGAUGUCAGCCGCUCGAUAGACGCAUAUUUCAACGAUGCAGUAGGGAGCCUUACAGAGACCAACUUGGCGGCGCAUAAUACCUGGGAGCAGCAGGAUAAUAUUCCGUUCGAUGGCGACGAUGAUGCUCGGUCUACUGGCGCUAUGCCGGCGCUGAGCCGGCCACCCAGUAGGGCUGAACAGAGUGGUGGUGGUGGGGGGCACGUGAAUCCGAUCGAUUUGACGCAAGCCCACGCGCAGGCGACGACGCAGGCAAACGCCGGGACUACUCAAGAGCAAGACGAGGAGGCACAAUUACAGGAGGCGAUGAGAUUGUCGUUGGCGGAGGCACAGGAGAGCGGUGUGACAAGUACAGAUCCUACAGGAAACGCCAAAGGCGAUCGAUAUUUCGGACCUGCGACGCGGAACGAAUACGAUGCAAGCCAAUGGCAGAUGGUGGCAGUUGCUUCAUCUCGAGAGAUCGUGGAUCACCCUCCGCCUUCGAAGAGACGUCGCAUGAAUGGCCAACCUGCAUUUCUGAGGCCCUCCAAUGACAAGAGCUAUCUGGCGGCCCUGCUUACGAUCUAUCAUGCGAUACCCAUGGCAAGAGAAGCACUACUGUUUCCUUCAAUGCAAGUUGCAAGCUACGGCUACGAUCCAAGCUGGUGGUCUGGAACCUCAGACGCGAACAGCAGAUCGAUAUCCAUGCAGACCGACGAAAACCACGACGUUGACCGUACCAAAGCGCUAGCAGAAGUGCAGUGUCUGAUGGCUUUUCUCGAUAACACACAGCGAGCUUACGGCAGUGUGGAUGCUCUGCAAGACCUAGCGUUUAUGCGGAAGCACCAACGGACCGCUAGCACGGCUUUCUCCGUCUUCCUCGAGGCAUGGCAAGAUGCAGCACGCUCUCAGCAACCGAACGAAUCUCUUGCAGGGAUUUUUCACUCCGAGGCCAAGAGAGUCUCGGAAAUGGACAACGAGCAGACCAGGGGAAUGGUUUGUAUAGAGCCACAAAUCUAUGUACGGCCCAAUCAGACACUGGUCAAUCUCCUCGACACCACUGUGUGGGAUGACACCGAUGGUCAACCGCUGGAGGACGUAUAUAUCUCACACUUGGGUGACGUCUUUACAAUUAGGAUAUGGGGAGACGCCAACCUCUGCGCCGAGGGACUGCAGCUCACCGCGCCAGCGACCUGGUACCCCGACCGCUACAUGGCAGCUCUCCGCGAGCAGACACGGCAGAUGCGCGCCGAGGUUCAGAAGAUCCGAGCGCAGAUGUAUGAGAUCACGAACCAACAGAGACGCCUCGAAUCUUUCAUCGGCUCGAAUAGAAGACCAGUCCGCAUAAGGGAGGUGCUUGAGGCCGCUGCGAAGGCCGCGCCUACUAUUUUGAACGACAGAUACGCAGAGCAUCAGCCGAACGAGGAGCUGAAUGCCGCCAAUGUCGCAGCCAUAGAAGGGCAGAUACGCGCAGUGCUCGCUCGUAUCGAGGAGAAGCUCGCCGGUCUGGAAUCAAAGAAGAAUUCCCUGCAGAAAGAGAUUGACGUGCUUGAGCUUCAGUACACGGGCCCGGGAGACGAUCCGAGCCAGCCGCCCAAUCUGAACUACAUGUUGACGGGAGUUGCGACAAAGCCAGAGGUCAUCUAUGUCCGACAGCGUAGUCAUGAUUUGCUGGGUCUGGAAGAUGACGAUGCAACGCGCAAACGUGAUGAGUGGCAGUGGUGGCGCAUAGCUUGGUCGCCUUCUUCGAGCCAGAAGGCUCCAUCCAUCGGCCCGGUGUCUCAACCUCAAGCCCAAGUUCCAGCGACGGACGAGCACAACCAGGGUAGCGCUCUCCCUGACCUACCAUACACCAUAGCUGAAGUCUCUGAGUCGGACGCUAUCGAAGCUGUCCGCACGGAAUACCACACUGCAGUAUUGGUCUACGCCAGCGAAAAAGCAUUGGGAUUUCAGGGUCGUACCCUCCCCACGGCACUAAGGCAAAUGAUAGAGCAGGACAAUAUUAGCUUCGGCCAAGAUAUCCGGUCGGAAAUGGAACCAGAAACGCAAGCACCGCACGGCACCGCUAACAUCAUGGAUGACGUACCUGAUCUUGUCGAUAACACUGGCACAUCUUCAGACACACCCACUGGGAGGUCUCCAGACGGAUUUGGCGCGGCAGAACGCAAGUUCUCAGCGAUGUCUAUCGGCACGUCCUCUUAUCGUGACGAGCACGGGCAGCCCUCACCAAAGCGACCAAAGAGCUCGCAUGAGAGCGAUGGGACCGCCGGCGUGGUAUAUGAGGACAACACUGGUUCACCGCCUUCAUAUGAUGACAGCGUCCUCCCUACGGAAGAAAAUCAAGCUCAGCAGCGGUAUCAGUACCGGAACAAGAUCGGGGAAUACGCCGACUCGUUGUCGAAGAUGUACGGUGACACCGCGGAGGAGUUGUCGAGGAUGCAUGGCAAUCCGGCGGGCGGCGGAAGUGGACCUGGAGCCGGCUCUGGCAGCCAGAUAAACAGUAUCGAGCAACAAAAAGGUGAAAGUGUGCAUAUUGAACGAUCGGAUAGUCCGCCGCGGUGA